UGUGUUUCAUGUGAGGAGCGCGGUAGUUUAGGUAAUGUAGUUCCUGGGUGCCUAUGCUCUCGCUAGAAAAGUGUUGCUGGCCUAACUGCAAAACACUACAUGUCCCAACCAAUCAACAAUAAAGCCAGGAAGUUGAUGUCAAGCCGGUUGCUCCAGGUCCGUGGUCCAAUUUACGACUAUAAUACAGAAUGGCAAAGGGGUACUUUAGAUGUAUUGAAUGCAGAAUCCUGCCAGAAGCCUGUGGACAAGUAUAUAGAAUAUGAUCCAGUGAUAAUUCUGAUUGAUGCCAUUUUAUGCAAAUCUCAAGCGUUCAGACACAUUCUCUUCAACACUGCAUUAAACAUUCACUGGAAGCUGUGUGUAUUUUGCCUUCUGUGUGAGGCCUACCUGAGGUGGUCACAACUUCAGGGAUCCGAACAGAGCAAUGACCCUGCAGACAUUAUUAGAUACACCAAGGAAUGGGAUUUCUAUUGCAUGUUUGGCCUGGCUGCUCUUGAACUGGGUGCGUUCACUGUCGGAGUGCUGUCCUUCCUGUGGCUGGUGCGGUGGUGGCUUGGCUUUGACUUUGAACUUCGCUUGUUGCUGAAAGCCCUCCUGCUGUCCAGCUAUGGCAAAGUUCUGCUCAUCCCAGCAGUCAUAUGGGAGCAUGACUACUCCCCACUCUGCUUCAGCUUCAUCAAGCUGUUUGUGCUUACGUCAAACUCUCAGGCCAUCAGAGUCAUUCUGAACUGCAGCAGAAGGCUCUCCCUCCUGGCUGUGUGUGUGGGUCUGCUAUUGGAGACAUGUGUAGCCCAGGCAUUACGGACGCUACCAUGGAGCAUACAGGACAUCCUGCCGUUCCAGUGACCUGUUUCAGGCUGGUUCAGAGGAACUCUGUUACAAUGGCACCUAUUAUACUCCAGAGAGCCAGAGCGUUUAGUGGUAACUGGCAGGAUUGUGUGGAGUGCAUAGUGUCAUGUAUUGAAAUACUGACGCCGGACGUGAAACAACUUCUCUGUUGGGAUUGGAUUAAAAUAAGGCUACGGGACAUUCCUGAGGAUAUUUGUAUACCUACUGUCUAAGAAAGGGAGGCAGCAAAUGGUGAACAUAUUCUUUAUUCCGUCCGGUGCCAAAAACCACAGGCUUUGCAUAAGCGAAAGGUUUUGAUUUGAAACAGAUGUGAUGAAUGUGUUACUGAGAGAAAACAUGGAUUGUACGUUUAGAGUGAGUAGCCCUAGAAAAUAUUUUUUCAAAUUGAAACUGUGAAAGAGAGUAAUACUUUCAUUGCAAUCCCCCAAAAAAGUUGAUGGUUUAGGAUGGGACGGUGUUUCUGUCAUCAUUUGACUCGCACAUAUUUCUCAGACACCACUGGCCCAAAUUUGACAAAAUCUACUUGAAUCAAGUGUCUUGCCGUAGAGAUCAGUGAUUGGCCAGAUGUUAGACCUAUAACAAGCGAUUGAAUAUCCGAGACAUCACCAGCACGGUUAUGACCGAACAUGGGUAAAUUACGCAUAUUGCCAUAGAGAUCCAGCAUGCGUUGUUCAUUAGGGAUGAUAUGUAUACUGUUGCAAGACUAGGAGAUGUGAAAUGAUAAACAUUUGACACAUCUGCUACCAGUGUGUAGUCAGUUAUGUAGUGCACACCCAGACAUGAGUUGACAUAUUUUAUGAUCAAUGCUGGCUGGCACACUAAUGUCCCACAGACAUUUGUAUUGUUUGCAGACAGUGCCUGAAGUAUGUUAUUGUUUUGAAAUAUAGAGCUUAAAGCUUGUUUGCAGACAGAGCUUGAAUUUGUCACUUGUUUUUCUAAUGACCUUUUCUUUUUUUUCAGAAAUACAGAUGUAUUUUAUUUUUCUCAUUCCUGUCAUAACUCUGUUUAAACGGAAUGCCAAGAUGUAUGGUGUGCUCACAUGCUGUAACAGGCCUUUACAUCGUUAAGUGAACUCUACCUUAUGUAGUUUGGUAUCCUUUAGGGUUAGUCAGGGGUCUGUCGUUCUGAAUGGUCCAGGAAACAAUGUAGUCAUUUGUUUUUAGACUGCUUGCCUUGCAAGCACCUUUGGAACAAGUGAAGAUUAGGAGAAUCAGUACCUUAUCAACAACCUGCAGACUGAAAUGCUAAAACAGAGAUAAUACCUCAGAUGUUAGAACACUGUACGCUAAUGUACACUAAUGUAUCUUUUUAAUCAGAGAUUGGUUUUCUAAAGAGCAGAUUAGGGCAAUAUGGCCGAUCCUCUAUGACCUUCUGUUUAAAACCAAUAAACAGAUCUCUAAUUUCUAUUGUACUGACACAGCCUGGUGACUUCAAACAAGGGGAAUGUAUUAUGAAAGGCCUCAGGUAGUAACGGCUAACUGUAGAUCCAUUAUUGGGAAAACACCCAGUAAAAUUGGCAUGUGCCUUCAAGCAAGGUUGAGGGGCGUGAUGGAAUAAAACUGGUUUUAACCAUUGUAAUAAGCCUUCCAAAUUAAGCAAAUAUAGCUGUGUUGGAAGUAGAAAAAAGACUGGAAGAGUACCAGUAAGCUUGUAAGUCUUUGUAACAUUAUUCACCCUGGUUUACCGUAGUAGUCGAUCAUGUGUCUGGAUAAUGAGAUUAUUAUAACAAGAAUCACAUUAGAGGUAUUACAAUGUUGAGACAGGAGCAUACAUGUACCAUAAAUGUAGGGAAAUAACGGUUGAGUCAUUGGGACAGUAAAAGAUAGAAUGAAGAUCUCAUAAGGAUUUUGCCACCCACUUCUAGAUAUUGAAAUCUGACUGAAGGAGAGCUUAUUGGUCUGUGUCAAAACCAUGCUGGGAGUUCUCAAUCAGCUAUUCUAAAAAUAAUUGAACAAGUUAACCACGGAGGUACUCUGCAAUCACAUAUGUUGGCACCAUUUAAAGUAGAGGUCAGAUGCUCUUCACACCACCUUCAAAUGAAUGAAUUCAUCGUUGUUUUCUUUCACAAAGUUUUUGAAUGAAACCCAUCUACAUUUUGCACAUAGCCAAUGUGCUUGUGAGGCUAGUUGUCUCAUCCCACUGGCAGAGUGACACAUACCUUGGAUUUGCCUUCAAUUCAGGAUUAUGCUAAUCUGCCAUAAUCUCUUAAACAGGUGCUCUGCCCAGCACAGAGGUGUGCAGUACAAGUUGUAUUCCUAAAGGGCACUUCAUAUUAGUCAAAAUACAGUACAUUCUCACUUGUUUGAAUACAUGUAGCACAUACUGUAUCGUUUGAGGGUGAAGAGGGGAUUAGUUCCAAUGUGCCUCGAUUUUAUCGGCCCUGCUGGGUUGGUUGGUAGCUAAUGAGGGUUGACGGUUGCUGUCUGUCUCAGGCAGGAUAGAGUUACAACGUAACAGUACCAAACAAAAACACUGCUAAAUUGUCUAAAACGUUGGAGACGUCUCACAGUGGAGAAAUUAACAUGCAUUUCUCUGGUAACAGCAGUGGACAUUCCAGCAGUCAGCAUGCCAAUUUCACACUUUCAAAAUGUGCAUCUGUGGCAUAGUACUUGUUUACAAACCGAACAUUUUAGUAAAGGGCUUGUCUUCCUAGCACACGGUGCUCCUGUGCAAUCAUCAUUUUAUUUAAUCAGCUUCUUGAUAUGUCAUACCUGUCAGGUAUAUAGAUUUCCACUGAAGAAACCUGUAACUGACAAUUUUCUGUUGUAUUUUUUUUAGUUAAUCAGUGUUGAUAAUGAUUUGUCUGUUGAGUUGAACAGGUUUUUAUCUUUGAAGAUAUCUACAGUACCAGUCUAACGUUUGGACAUGCUUACCCAUUCAAAUGAAUGACUAUGUAUGUACAGUCGUUUGACUGGUUCUGUUCAUCAUUAUUGAGCUAAUAUGACUAAAACCUUUUUUACUUAUUUCAUUUGUUAACCAUAUC